ACGCUUUCCUGCUUUAUUAUAUAUUUUACUAAUAGUUCACGUGCUUUUGAAAUAUAAUAAUGUAAUUUACCUAAUUUAUAUCUCAAGAACGGGAAUAAUGACGAAACCUAAGGAAUUGGAAGACCAUGUGCCAGGUUUUGAAGCCCCACAUGAGGGGGACAGCCAAGAUGAAACUCAGAAUAAUAAGCAGAAAAAGAAGAGUUCUGGUGGAUUUCAGUCAAUGGGGCUGAGUUUCCCUAUAAUUAAAGGUAUAACAAAGCGAGGAUAUAAACAACCGACACCUAUACAGCGUAAGACAAUUCCUUUAGCUUUAACUGGCAAAGAUGUGGUGGCCAUGGCACGCACGGGCUCAGGAAAAACAGCAUGUUUUGUCCUUCCAAUACUGGAGAAACUGCUGGCUCCAAACAGCAAACCUUUGCCGGGAAAGAAUUUCAGAGCCUUGAUUCUAUCACCUACUCGGGAAUUGGCGUUACAGACUCUAAGGUUUGUACGAGAACUGGGCAAGUUCACGGGUUUAUCUUCUGCUGCAAUUCUUGGCGGAGAGUCAAUAGACCAGCAGUUCAGUGUAAUGUCUGGCACAGCACCGGAUAUUGUGGUGGCAACCCCUGGCCGUUUCCUACACAUCUGUAUAGAAAUGAGUUUGAAACUGGAUAAUAUAAAGGUAAUAGUAUUUGACGAAGCUGACAGACUCUUCGAGCUUGGUUUCGGUGAACAACUGCGAGAAAUCGUCGCCCGGUUACCAUCAACCCGUCAAACACUGCUAUUCUCAGCAACCCUGCCAAAAAUGCUCGUAGAAUUUGCAAGGGCAGGUCUCACAGACCCUACGCUUGUGAGAUUGGAUGUUGACUGGAAAUUGCCAUCGACUUUGUGGCUUGGUUGGGUUGCAGUGAGAGCGGAGUUGAAAACUGCAGCCUUAUUGAUUUUGCUGGAUAGGGUUUUGACUGCUAAAACUCCACAAGCUGUUGUAUUUGCUGCUACUAAGCAUCAUGUGGAGUAUUUGAAUUUGAUAUUACAACAAGCAGGCAUAUCAUCAACUUACGCAUACUCCGGCCUAGACGCCUCCGCACGUAAGAUCGCGCUCGGUCGAUUCACGAACAAGAAAUGUUCAGUACUUAUAGUAACUGAUGUUGCCGCUAGAGGAUUGGAUCUCCCGGCUUUGGACACCGUUAUUAAUUACAACUUCCCAGCUAAGCCGAAGCUUUUUGUGCAUAGAGUUGGUCGCAGUGCCCGAGCCGGCCGUGCGGGUCGGGCGUUCUCCCUCAUCGCUCCGGAAGACGUAGCACAUUUACUAGACCUACAACUGUUCUUGGGAGCCGAGAUGAUAUCCCCCGGACAAGUCAAAGAGAGGGGUCUGGCCUGUCCUAGCGGAGUGUGGGGGGCAGUUCCCACAUCGCUGCUGGAACUAAGACAUCAGGAUGUCAUGGCUUGGGAGAAGAAUUACUCGGAGAUUGAAGACGCAGCCCGUGUCUGUGGUCGAGGUUGGCAGCAGUACAUAAAAUGGCGCGAGCCCGCGUCCGCCGAGGCGAACAAGCGCGCCAAAAUAACCGCCUUCCCCGUACUCACGCAUCCCUUCCUAGUGGACGAGAACGAUGACGCCGCUGUUGAUAUGAUUGAGAAGAUCAAGAAUUAUACGCCUAAAGGAACAAUAUUAGAACUGUCAGCUAAGAAUGAUUCACCAAUGUAUUUAGCUAUGAAGAAGAAGAAACAGGCUCACGGAAAAACUGUUCAGAAAGUUCGGGACAUUAAGAAACUUAAGGCUGAAGGUAUACUAGAAGACACGAGCAACACGAAACUAAGCCGUCCUCCGAACCAACCGCCCAAGAAGAAGAAGAAAGAGGUGGUUCGAGAUGAGAACUAUAUCUCACAUUACGCUAGCGAUCAACAUACUGAGAUGGGUAUGGCAGUAAACUUCGCGGUAGGCGCGGAAGCAGCUCAGCUUGAGCUGAACGCGGACAGCGGGGACGCGGCGCGGGCGCAUAAGGCCAUGCUGCGCUGGGACAGGAAGAGGAAGAAGAUGGUGCAUGUUGAUCCGGAUGGCGGUCGUAAAAUGAUCCGCACAGAGAGCGGCGGUCGCGUGCCGGCGUCCUACCGCAGCGGCCGAUACGACGAGUGGCGGAAACGUAACGCGGCCGACGCGGGCUCUGAUGAUGAACAGCCGCAGGAUACUAACAGGAAGAAGUCUGCAUCUGAGUUCCGUCCCCACUGGGUGAAACACAACGAGCGCAUAGCCAAGAAAUCAGCCGAAGCUAAGUCUAAAGAGUUCAAGAACAAACAACAAAUUGUCAAGGAAAGGAUACGCAAGGAGAAGAUUAAGCAAAAACUUAAGUUUAAGAAUAACAAGAAGAAGAAGAGGAAAUGAGCGUUAAUAAACUCUUUUAAUUGAU